CUCGAGUUAAUUAACAAGACUAGCCGUUAUCCUGAAAAAACAAUUGUGCCCCACGCACACAACAAUACAAUAAUGUUUAAUCCAAGAAAUGUAGCAGUACUGCUAUACACUGCACUGUAUAUGACUGGGGAAUUCCCAGAAAGUCCUGUUACAACAGAUGAAAAUGAAACAAAAGACAUGAUGGAAAAUACACUUCGAUCAAUGUAUGAAGAAGCGUUUGAAGUUUAUGAAGAAUCAUCAUUAGAUUUUCAAAACGAAUUUGAUAUACCUGAAGUAGAACCUGUAAUUGAUGAAGAAAGAGAAGGUGACACAUAUUUUGUAAAAGAAAUUGAAUGUGUUGCGGAUUCUGUACCAAUAGAAUAUAAAAGAAAUGCAGUAGAGUUUUGGAGAAGUGGAACAAAAAAGUCAAGAACUCUUGCAACUAUAAGAAAUAGAUUUCGGAAAGUCACGUCAUUACGUCAAUUAAGAAGAUGGGAGCAGCAAGUAAAUCAAGGUGGCAGCAGAUUUGAUAAACUGAAAGAAAUUUCAACAUAUACGUUAAAUAAAUUCCAUGAAGGUAUUGAAAAGGGAAUAAUUAUUCAUGACAUUGAUAUUGCUCGAUGGGCUAUUCGCGCACAGAAGGAAGUAAAUCUACUUGGGUUUACAGCAUCAUUAUCAUGGGUAAAAAGGUUUAAGCUUGCACAUAAUAUCGUAUCUAGAAAAAUUACAAAAUUUAUAACAAAAAACAUUUAGCGUCAGACAAAGAUUUAGAAGCACGAAGCAAGUCAUUUAUCGAAAAUGUUAAAUCUUUUAUUAUACAAUAUGGAAUUGAAAAUGUAUAUAAUUCGGACCAAAGUGGAUUUCAAUUAGAAUUUCAUUCCGGUCGUUCACUAUCACCUAUUGGUAUUAAAAAAGUAGAGCGCAUAGUACAAUCCAUAUCAGCAACUACACAUAGUUAUACUAUACAACCUAUUGUUUCAGCUGAUGGUAGAUUAUUAUCGCCUCUGUUUAUUGUUUUAAAAGAACCUACUGGAACAUUUGGUCCAAUAGUAAAAGAAACAAUGUUUAAAGAUAAUAAUAUCUUUGUCAUGGCAUCAAAAUCUGGAAAAUUAACAUCGCAUCAUUUUGAGAUCUGGAUAAAAGAAGUGUUUUUU